AGGGCCUUGCGCAUGGAUCGAGAGCUUGUUUGCUGAGGCGUAGUUAGCUCGACGCGCCACCCCAUGUGCCUGUUGACGGCUUCGGUGCUCCUCGCCAUCUGCACCUGGGAGAGCCUCGCCAUCGCGACGGCCGUCGCGCCGCCAUGAGCUUCGAGCGCGACGGCUUCUGCGUCCUGCGCGGGUGGCUCCCGGCGGCGGCCGUCGACGCCCUGCGCGGAGACCUGCGCCGCGCGCGCGCGCAGCUGAAGAUCACGGACGCCGCGCUCGAGGCCGCGGACCUCAACGUCGACUUCAUGGGCCGCGCGUUCGGGGGCCGCCUCGGCGCCGCGUCGCCCGCGCGGCGCGAGGCCUGGGCCUACGCGACGGCGCGGCGCGCGGCGACGGGCGGCGGCGGCGACGGCGCCGCCGCCGCGGAGCGCGCCGUGCUCGGCCAGCUCGCGGCGGCGGCGGCGGAACACGCGGGCUACGGUUCCGUGUAUCUCCUGAGCGAGGUCUUCGUCGUAAAGCCCGCGGGAUCAGGAACAGAAUUCGCGUGGCACCGCGACGACGCGAAGCAGCUGGCGAAGCUCGGCGGCGAGGCCGCGCCGGACCGCUUCUGCUCCACGUGGGCGCCCCUCGACGCCUGCGGCGCGGCCGACGGCGGGCUGGUCUUGCGGUCGAAAGAGACGGGAGAGGACGUUCGGGCGAGCUGCGCGCCGGGCGACGUCGUCGUCUUCGACCGCGACACGUGGCACGCGAGCGGCGCCAACGCCGGUCCCAACGACCGGCGCGUCCACUACGCCCAGUACUCCCCGCGGCCCGUCGAGUGGACGCCGCCGGCCGACGGCGCGAAGCGGCGAAGAGGCGCGCCGACGCCGCUCUGGUUCGCGGUCGCGGCGGCGCCGACGCGCGAGGCGCUCGAGGCGACGCUCGACCGGGCCAACGCGGCGCCGCCGGGCUACCGCGUCGUCCGCGGCGCCUGCGCCGCGGCGCGCUUCCCGCCGGACGAGCUCCCGGAGGUUUCGUGCCGCGUCUUCCGGUCGCCGAAGGGCGCGUUCUGCCUCGACGGCACGAAGCACCCGGACGCGCUCCUGACCCAGUCCAUGGCGCGCGACGACACGCUCGCGGCGCUCAUCCGCGGCGCGGGGGUUUGCGGCGAGGGAGACGCGGCCGCGGGCGUCGCCGAGUACGCGGUGCUCGACGACCUCGACGACGCGCGCUGGGCGGCGCUCGGCCUCCCCGCGUGCCCCCUGGAACCGGCGCGGCGCCGGCGGUCCCGCCAGCUGUUUGUCUCGCGCGGGGCGACGACGACGCAGGUCCACCGCGACGCCUACGACAACGUCUACGUCUGCCUCCGCGGCGAGCGGAACUGGCGGCUCGCGCACGCGGACCACGGGCCCUACGUCGAGCGGUCGCCGGGGUCCGUGUCCGCCGCGGCCGACGGCGCGCUCCGGCGCCGCGUGGCCUUCGGCGAGGUCGCGCUCGCGCCGGGCGACGCGCUCUUCGUGCCGCGCGGCACCUGGCACGCCGUCGCCGCGGCCGACGACGGCGGCCUCAGCGCCGCCGCCGCCUGGACGUACCGCGUCGACCGCAUAGACGAGCUCGCGCCGUUGCUCGCGGGCACGCGCUGCGAGGCCGCGUGCGCGCGGCUCGCGAACGCGUCGCUGCCGGGCCUCCCGCCGCCGGAGCGCAACCUCCGGCGCGUGGCCCGGGGUGGUAAGCGAGGUACUUAG